AUGGCCGAUCCAUUAUCGCCACCAGCAACGACAGCGCAGGGCGCAUCCGCCCCAGCCACCAUGACGACGCUGCCCUCCCGCCCGGCCAGCUCCAGCACGACCAAGAAGCCCCGCCUCCCGCCUGGCACGCGCAUGCUAGCGCGCACGCUCAACACCUCUGGCCCGCCGCACCAUAGCCACGCAAUGACCAACGCCGCCGGCGCGACGGUCACGCGCGCGGACCCGCACUUGGCCCCGAAGCGACGCAUCGUCAUCCGGCGGGGCACAAACCUCGUCGCGAUCCUGAAGCGCGUGCAGAAGCUGCUCGACAAGAGCCCCGGCGGCGCCUUGUCGAUGGGCCUGGGCGACUUGGUGGGUGGCGGCGGCGCCGGCAAGAAGGGGCGCAACAAGGCCGCCGCCGGCGCCAAGGUGUCGGCCGACGACGACGCGGUCCAGGUCGGGGACGAUAGGUUCCCCGUGGUCGUGGUCGGGGCGGGUGCGCUCAACAUCGAAAAGGCCCUCAAGGCGGCCGCCGUGUUUCAGCGGAGGGGCGACUGCAUCGUGCGGAUAUACACCAGCACGGUGAGUGGGGUGGAUACCUACGAGGUUGAAGAGGAAGGCGAGGAGGACGGCCACGAUGCGGGAGCCGACGCUGACACAGAGAUGUCAGGCACUGGCCCCUCCGGGAAUGCGGCCGGUGCUGGGCGAACGCUGGGCAGCCGAGCGACGGUCGUGAAGCAGAGGAGUCGCAAGGCCAGCGCUCUAGAGGUGGCCAUCCGGCUCAAGACGUGA